GGCGAGAAAGGGACAUGGGCGGGGCCUUACAGAGGGUCAGCGAAUCCGAAAAGACCUAAGCCUUCGUUGCGAGGCGACAAGUCCCGCCCCGCAGGCGGCACCGGAAGUGGCCGGCCGGGAUCAGCCUUUAAGAUGGCGUCUCCUCAGGGGGGCCAGAUUGCGAUCGCGAUGAGGCUUCGGAACCAGCUCCAGUCAGUGUACAAGAUGGACCCGCUACGGAACGAGGAGGAGGUCCGAGUAAAGAUCAAAGACUUGAAUGAGCACAUCGUCUGUUGCCUGUGCGCAGGGUACUUCGUGGAUGCCACCACCAUAACAGAGUGUCUUCAUACGUUCUGCAAGAGUUGUAUUGUGAAGUACCUCCAAACCAGCAAGUACUGCCCCAUGUGCAACAUCAAGAUCCACGAGACACAGCCACUGCUCAACCUCAAACUGGACCGGGUCAUGCAGGACAUCGUGUACAAGCUAGUGCCAGGCUUGCAAGACAGUGAAGAGAAACGGAUCCGAGAAUUCUACCAGUCCCGAGGCUUGGACCGGGUCACCCAGCCCAGUGGGGAAGAGCCAGCCCUGAGCAACCUUGGCCUCCCCUUCAGCAGCUUCGACCACUCAAAAGCCCACUACUAUCGCUAUGAUGAGCAGCUGAGCCUAUGCCUGGAGCGGCUGAGUUCUGGCAAAGACAAGAAUAAAAGCAUCCUGCAGAACAAAUAUGUCCGAUGUUCUGUUAGAGCUGAAGUUCGCCAUCUCCGGAGGGUGCUCUGUCACCGCUUGAUGCUAAAUCCCCAACAUGUGCAGCUCCUUUUUGACAAUGAAGUUCUCCCUGAUCACAUGACCAUGAAGCAGAUAUGGCUCUCCCGCUGGUUCGGCAAGGUGAGCCAGUGCCAAGGCAGUCUCCAGGGCAGGGGCAGACUGAGGGGGCCUCUUGGGUAAGAAUGUUCCCACUGACUGCUUCUUCCCUUUAUUCUCUCCUUAGCCAUCCCCUUUGCUUUUACAAUACAGUGUGAAAGAGAAGAGGAGGUAGGGGCCAAGCCCCCACCUAUCCCUCUGCCCUUCCCUCCCCAGAUAUUUAUGUGAAAUUAACCUUGGCUUUAUUUUUUGAAAUAAAAAUUUUAA